AUGGCUGGUGCAAUCGGAAAUAUUGAUGCUUUUGACAAUAGCGUGGAAGAAUGGGACACUUAUAUUGAGAGACUGGAGCAAUAUUGUGUUGCUAAUCACAUUGAAAAUGAUAGAAAGGUAGCAGUCCUGCUAAGUGUUAUGGGCGCAAAGACGUACAAUCUGCUACGGAGUUUAUGUGCACCGCAAAAGCCAUCAGCUAAGUCGUUUAAAGAUAUAAUCAAACUGCUUCAAGACCGCUUUAAUCCGAAGCCACUUGUAAUUGCAGAGAGAUUUCGGUUUCAUAACAGAAAUCAGCAAAGGAAUGAAUCUAUCUCCAACUACAUUGCAGAGCUUAGGAAAUUGGCUGAGCAUUGCCAGUUUGGUGCGGGAUUGUCUGACUCACUCCGAGAUAGGCUUGUCUGCAGCAUGCACAAUGAGAGUAUACAGAGACGCCUCCUUACUGAAAAAGACUUGACAUUACAAAAAGCUUUAGAACUCGCAAUAGCAAUGGAAACUGCUUCCAAAGAUGCAAUGGAAUUACAAAAGAAAGUGACAAAUGAAGCUCACAGUGUUAACAAAUUCACAGCCAAAUCUACAAAAGCAAAUGCAUGCUUUAGGUGUGGAAAGGGAUCGCACGACCAGGCAGACUGCUGGUUCCGUGACAAAAACUGCAUGAAAUGCAAUCGGAAAGGGCACAUACAGAGAAUGUGUAAAAAGAAAGGAAAUGAGGAAAAACAGAGAACCUGGAAAAAGGAUAAAAAGGUUAAUGAAAUGAAUGACACAGAUGCUAGUGGAUCUGCCUCAGAUGAGACAGACAAUGGAUUAGGCCACAUAGAACUGCAUUCAAUGACAGAGAGUGAUAAGAAAAUGAUAUGGGUGACCCCAAAGAUUAAUGGCAAGAAAUUAAAGAUGGAGCUUGAUACAGGAUCAGCAAUUUCACUUAUAUCACUGAAAGAUUACAAACAGAAUUUUGCAGAUGUAAAAUUGAAACAGACACCAAUCUUACUGAAAACAUACACUGGAGAAAAGGUGGCGCCAGUGGGAAAAAUUAAAGUGAAAUAUGAAAACAAAAGGAAAACACUUGACUUGUAUGUGCUGCAACGUGGAGGAGUGCCGUUAUUCGGACGUGAUUGGCUGCAAAUGAUCCAGCUCAAUUGGCAGUCUAUUAAGGCUAUGCAGCACAGUGAGAAUGGAAACAGUAAAGCUACACAGGAAAAGCUGAACCUGUUACUCCAACGCGCAGCACCGGUGUUUCAAGAGGGCAUAGGAACUCUUAAGCAGAUGAAAGCACGUGUCACAGUGGAUGAGCACGCCUCACCCAAGUUCCUGAAAGCUCGUCCUGUCCCCUAUGCGUUACGGCCAAGAGUGGAGACAGAGUUGCAACGGCUGGAGGACCAGGGCAUUCUGUCUAAAGUUGAAUCAUCAGACUGGGCAACACCCGUUGUACCAGUUGUGAAGAAAAAUGGUGCGAUUAGGCUAUGCGGCGACUUCAAGGUAACAAUCAACCCAGUUCUUCAUGCAGAUAAAUACCUGUUGCCCCGCAUAGAAGACAUUUUUGCUUCACUAGCCGGAGGGCAACAUUUUUCAAAGAUUGAUUUGGCCCAGGCUUAUUUACAAAUGGAAAUGGAUGCUGAGUCGAAAAAGUACCUCACCAUUAAUACCCACAAAGGCCUUUUUCAAUACAAUAGGCUAGUGUUCGGUAUCGCAUCCACCCCUGCAGUGUGGCAGCGUGCUAUCGACCAGGUGCUACAGGGCAUCCCAGGCACACAGUGCUACUCAGAUGACAUCAUAGUCACAGGCCAAGAUGAUAGCUCUCAUUUGGCCAAUCUGGAAGCAGUCCUGAGUAGGCUAGCUGAGUGUGGACUCAGGGCCAAUAAGGACAAAUGUGAGUUCUUUAAAGACUCCAUUGAGUGUUGUGGGCACAGAAUUGACCGGGACGGUCUCCAUAAAUCUCAAGACAAAAUUGAUGCCGUCCUGAAAGCGCCAAAGCCCACCAAUGUCUCCCAGCUUCGCUCACUCUUAGGACUAGUGAAUUACUAUCACAAAUUCCUGCUGAAUCUUGCAACAGUGCUUCACCCCUUGAACAACCUCCUGCAAACAAAGGUGACAUGGAAGUGGACAAAAAGCUGUGACAUGGCGUUCAAGAGUGUGAAGGAACUCAUCACAUCAGACAGAGUACUGACCCACUAUAACCCAGACUUGCCCCUUCGUCUGGCUUGUGAUGCCUCACCAUAUGGCAUCGGUGCUGUCCUUUCGCACAAAAUGCCAGACGGCUCUGAACGUCCCAUCGCCUUUGCAUCUCGAUCCUUAUGUGCUGCUGAAAAGAACUACGCACAAAUUGACAGGGAAGGGCUUAGCCUCGUGUGGGGUGUGAAGAAAUUUAACCAGUACUUAUAUGGGAAGCGCUUCACAUUAAUUACAGACCACCAACCCCUAGUGGCCAUUUUUAACCCUAGGAAGUCGAUUCCAGCGAUGACUGCAGCACGCUUGCAAAGAUGGGCGUUGUUCUUAGGUGGACAUGACUGUGUGAUUGAGUACAAAGGCACACUACAGCAUGCCCAUGUCGAGAACUUACCUGUCACAAGUGCACAGAUCAAACAGGAAACCAGCCGAGAUCCAACCAUGGCAAAGGUCUUUGAGCUAACGGUGAAGGGGUGGCCUGCCAAAAAUACAGUGGGCUUACCUGAGUACUUCAGUCGACGUGAGCAGCUAUCCGUGUGUCUUGGGUGCAUCAUGUGGGGGACCAGAAUUGUAGUGCCGCCCAAGCUGCGCUGCAACGUCCUGGAAGCACUCCAUGAGGGACACAUGGGUGUGGUAAAGAUGAAGAGCCUUGCGAGAAGCUACAUAUGGUGGCCAGGUAUUGAUCAGCAGAUGGAGGAUAUGGCCAAGACGUGCUUUGGAUGUCAGCAGACACAAAAGCAGCCUCCACCUGCUCCUGUCCACAGCUGGGAGUGGCCCACCGCUCCUUGGCAAAGGAUUCACGUAGACUAUGCUGGGCCUUUCCUCGAUUGUAUGUUCCUUGUUGUGGUCGACGCAUAUUCAAAGUGGCCAGAGGUCUUCAUUGUGAAAAAUGCCACAACCACAAAAACAGUCGAAGUACUCCACACACUGUUUGUCAGAACAGGAUUGCCCGAACGACUUGUCAGUGACAAUGGCAGUCAAUUCACCUCUGAAGAGUUUCAAUCAUUCAUCCGGAGAAAUGGCAUCAAGCACACCACUGCCGUACCUUAUCAUCCUGCUACGAAUGGUCUUGCUGAACGCUCUGUCCAGUCAUUUAAACAGUCAAUGAAAACAAUGUCAAAUUCCCACAUGUCUCUGCAAGAAAAGAUGGCAAAGUUCCUGCAUGCCUACAGAAACGCUGACCAUGCUACAACAGGCCAAGCUCUAGCUGUAUUGUUCAUGGGAAGAUGA